AGGUUUUCCCGCUGCAACCCUAAAACUGUUGGCGCUUCUUCUGAAAUUCUGUGGUUCUCGACUUCGCCGCAAAGCUCUGAGUUUUGGGUGUAAGUUUGUCUUGCAAAAACAGAACAGAAACCUAGUGUUAUGGAGCGCAUGAAUAAGUCAUUGGCAACUGCAAGUUCUCAAGCCGAAGGAGUUUCUGCUGACUACACAGUAGACAGAUUGAGUAAUGCUCCACCGGAAGUUGCUCAUCAUAUUCUUGCAUUUCUUGAUUUUAGGGAUCUCAUUCGACUGGGAAGUGUGUCCAAAAUGUGCAGAGUUUUUUCUCUAUCAGCCCCAUCAUUGGAAGUUUCUUCAUCUGAGGCAGGAAACAGGCGGCAACAACUCAACUUGUUGAAUUCUAUAGAUAGGUACAUGAUUCAUCGAGGGGAUGAUAAAAUUAAGCACUUUCUUGUUGAUUGGAGUUUCAGUGCAGGCAUUUCUGAAGAGGUUUUCCGGAUGAUGACAUGGAUCCUUAUUGCAGUGAGGUGUAAUGUUGAAGUGCUUGAACUUAGGUUGUGGGCGCCUGAAUUGAAUAGGAUUGAAUCGGAUGGGACGGUGCUUGAAUUGCCAUCUUGCGUCUAUCGUUGUGAAUCUUUAAGGUCUCUAUUGAUCAAGACACAGACAAUUCUGAAAGCACCCUCUGUUACUUGUUCCAAUAAUCUCCAAUACUUGAAGUUGACAAAUGUCAGAAUGGAAGAUGGCUUUGGAAAAUGGAUCUCCCACUCAUGCAAAUGCAUUAAGGAAUUAUUGUUAUUUGAUGUUCGUGUGCUAAGUUUCACCGUGGAAAGCUCGUCUUUGGAAUCAUUUAGCUUUGUCUCUAUGUAUAACAAUGACCUCUGCCAUAUUGGCAUCUCAGGUGAGAAGCUUACAAAGAUAAGAAUAGAGUGGGAAUUCUAUAAAACUAGCAGCGGCACUACCAGAUCAUUAAAUGUUUCUGCUCCAAAUCUUAAAUAUUUGAAGUGGAUUGGGAAUUUGUUGAAUUACCAAAAUCUGGGGAAAUUUAUGUGUUUAGAAAAAGCUCACAUUUUUCUGAAGCACAAGGGAGAUGACUAUGACUUUGACAAUGCAUUUGAGGUUCUUUGCAGUUUGUGCAGGGUUAAAGUUCUUAUUCUGAGUGAAGAGACCGCUAAGGUUUUGCUCAGGGAAGGUCUAGUGCAUGCACCAUUGGAUGAUAUUACUUACUUGAGUAUGCAUAUUAUGAGCUUGACUGAUGACCUAGUCCCUGCAAUGGUUUCUCUUCUGAGAGGAAUGCCUAAUUUGAGUACUUUGUACAUAAAAUCUUACCCUUCCUUGCACAUUGGUAAACCGAAAGCAUGUGGAUUUAAGAGUAAAUACUGGAAAUCCCAUAAGCUGGAUUGUGUUCAUCAGCUUCAGGAUGUAUCUAUAGCGCUUUCCACUGGUUAUAUUAACAAUGCCUUGGAGUUUGUAAGAUAUAUUCUCGAGAAUGCCUCGAAUUUGAAACAAAUGGUCAUAUUUUAUUUACCCUGCCAAUCCUAUGUUAUAGGGAGGGUAAACAAAUUCAAGAAGAUUUCUUCUGCCAUUGUUGUGUUUAAGGAAAGAGAAUUGAAUGAUGAUGGUGUAAUGGGUAAGAGUUACCAUCGGGUUUUAAAUAGGUUGCAUUGGUUGUAAUUUGGUUGAAGACUGUUUGGAUAUUAUUAAGAAACCCUAGUCCUGUAAUUCUUCUUAUUCUUGUUUUAUUAUACCUACUAGUAGUAGAACUUCUGUUGGUAAGAAAAUAGUAGGUUUGUAAAAUCUUUGAUAUCUCAAUCUCUGUAUAUUGGAACUCUUUUCUGUAAAAUUCAGUACAUUUGAGGAAGUUGAAUUCAAUGUGGAGGCAUAUUGGUA